AUGUUAUUGGGUCUCAACACAGAUGGAAAAUCUGUGUUUGGAAAUGUCCAACAACCAAACGCUCUAUGCGUAGAAUUGUUGGGUGUUGAUUUUCUAGAGGGUGAGGGGCGACAAAGAGGUAGGGGCCAAGGUAUAAAGCUUUUUGGCCUUCAACUAGCUUAUCAAGGCCUUGAGUUGAAUCGAGACUCUAGCGAAGAAAGUAAACUACAAAAAAAUAGAAUGUUUAAUGCAACCGGGAUGGACUACACCAAUACACCAGUAAACAAAAUCAUUUUUUACCGCCAACUAUUGGAUCGAUUAAGACCCCAAGAUUUUCUUUGGAGACCUUACUUGGGUUUGGACCACGUACCCGACCGUAAAGAGGCGGCUGUUUGGACGGCAAAGUUUCUGAAGGAUUUGUGUACAAACAAGAGAAAAGUAAAAGGAAGGUCUUUGAUUACCCAUGAGAUUAUAGGGUCUUUGGGUAAUGGAGAUGGUGGGGAAGUUGCUGAGCUGCAAUGGAAGAGAAUAGUUGAUGAUUUGCUCCAAAAAGGAAAGAUGACUAAUUGUAUUGCUGUGUGUGAUGUGUCUGGGAGCAUGGAUGGGAUCCCUAUGGUGGUGUCUGUUGCGUUAGGAUUGUUGGUUUUUGAAUUGAGUGAGGAACCUUGGAAAGGGAAGGUUAUUACUUUCAGUUCUGAUCCUCAACUUCAUUUGAUUGAGGGGGAUAGUCUCAAGUCCAAAACAGAAUUUGUGAGGAACAUGGAUAUGGGGUAUAACACUGAUUUUCCGAAGGUGUUUGAUUGCAUAUUGGAUGUGGCUGUAAAUGGGAAACUCAAGGAGGAACAAAUGAUUAAGAGGAUAUUUGUAUUCAGUGACAUGGAGUUUGAUGAAGCAUCUAAACACUAUGACAUGGAGUCUGAAAAUUCUGACAUGGAGUUUAAUCAAGCAUCUGAAAACUCUUGGGAAACAGAUUACCAAGCAAUCACUAGGAAGUAUAAAGAGAAAGUGUAUGGUUCUGCCGUGCCUCAGACAGUUUUUUGGAAUCUGCGAAACUCGAAGGCGACCCCGGUGCCAUCCACUCAGAAAGGAGUGGCACUGGUGAGUGGAUUUUCUAAGAAUCUGCUGACAUUGUUCUUGGAUAAUGAAGGUGAUAUAAGCCCUUUAGAAAUGGUGGGAUAA